GUCUGCCCACAGGGGCCCUCACGCUCCCCCGGUCCCUGAGCAGUGUACACUAAAGAAAGUGCUAUUUCUUAUAUUUCGACAUAUUCUAGGAAAAAAACUUGAAGUAAAAUUAUAGCAAUGGUUUGACGAUUGGUAUUGUACAAAUGUUUCUCUACCUACGCUGAGCUGAAAUUUACGUCUUGAUGAGCAGGCUACAAUGUCUGAGUUCCGUGAUGUAAUCAUGGUCUAAAUUUACACUAAACAAACAUUCGGUCAUCUUUGAAGUACCUUAAUUUGGAUACGCAUCCUGAUUGUAUAGCCUACCAAGAAUUCGUAGGCCUCUAUUAGUUGCACAGCGAUCAAAGUAUAUAAGAAAGUAACAAACGUAAUAUUUAAAUUACUAUCUAGAAGCUCUUAACGACAAACCUGCAAGAUGGGCAAGCGACAGCACCAGAGCGAUAAAAUGUACCUGACCACCACCGAGUGGUCACAGUUCUACGGAGGCUACAAGAAGUCUUCUCAUUCAGGGGCGCGCGCCGCCUUCAGGAGGCUGCCGCUGAGCCACUGCUGCCUCUCGCUCGUGCCCUUUAACCAUCCUUACGUCGACCCUCAGGGCAACGUCUAUGAUCUGGAGGCCAUUUUACCUUUUGUCAGGAAAUUCAAGCUGAACCCCGUCACGGGCUCGGCCCUGAACGAGAAGCAGUUGGUUCGCGUGACGUUCCACCGGAGCAGCAGCAGUGGCGGUGGCGGUGAAGGAAGCUCCUCUAGCGACGGCGGCGUGGCGGUGGAGUACCACUGCCCUGUUCUCUACAAGCCCUUCACCAACAACACGCACGUCGUCGCGGUCAAGACCACUGGCAACGUCUUUUCUUAUGAGGCCGUUGAACAGCUCAACAUCCGUGCCAACAACUGGCGCGACCUGCUCACCGAUGUUGCUUUCACGCGAGAAGACAUCAUCACGCUGCAAGACCCUCUACAUCUCGACAAAUUCAACAUCGCCGAUUUUUACCACAUCAAAAAUAACAUCCGACUUGUCGAUGAAGAGAGCGAGCGAGACAAGACGAGCGCCUCGCACCGCCUCAAGAAUGUCAGCAAAGACGCUGAGGACAUCCUCGCUCACUUCCACGCCACGUACAAGCCUGACAACGCCGUCCACGACCCCGCCCAGCGUCGUCCUGACAAGUUCAACGCGGCCCACUACUCGACGGGAGCGGUAGCGGCGAGCCUGACGUCGACGGCGACGUCGGUCGAGACGCAGCACCAGCCCGCGCUGCUGGAGGACCACGUCGUCAGAUACGCGCGCACUAAAAAGAAAGGUUACGUUUCAUUUGACACCAAUUUAGGAAGUGUCAAUUUGGAGAUCUACUGCGACACCGUGCCGAAGACCAGUGAUAACUUCAUCAACCUCUGCCUUAAAGGUUAUUACGACAACACCAUUUUUCAUCGCUGCAUACGACACUUCAUGAUCCAAGGAGGGGACCCGACCGGGACCGGCAAAGGUGGCGAGUGUUGCUGGGGCGGCGCCUUCAAGGACGAGUUCCGCCCUCAGUACUCGCACAAAGGGCGCGGCGUGCUGUCCAUGGCCAACUCCGGCCCCGACACCAACAAGAGUCAGUUCUUCAUCACGUUCAGGUCGUGCCAGCACCUAGACGGCAAGCACUCGAUAUUCGGGCGCGUGGUGGGCGGCCUCGAGACGCUCAAAGCCAUGGAGGCCGUCGAGACUGACAAUAAAGACGUCCCCGUCACGCCCAUCGUCAUCAGAAAGGCUAUAGUCUUCGUCAACCCCUUCAAAGACGUCGAUGAACAGCUGGCGAAAGAGAGAGCGGCCGACGAAGCGGCGGCUGCAGCUGAGCAGGCCGAGCUGCGUGGUGCGAAAAGAGCGCGACCUGACGACAACAAACUACAGCCUUUCCGCAGCGGCGUCGGCAAGUUCCUCGACCUCAAUAAGACCUCCCUAAGUAAAACAGAAGAAGAAAAAGCCAAGCAACAGAAGGACGUGGCCAAGAAGACAACUAAAUCGUACAGCUUCAGUGACUUCAGUGCUUUUUAAGCGAGCACAGUUCGCGCAGUCUGAAUCCUCCCUCCUUCCCGCCCUGGGGGUUCAAUUGAUACCCUAGUGGUGAAGAGGACAAAAGAAAGAGUAUAUUUACCAUAAGAAUCUUAUAUUAUUUCACUGUGCUGUUCUUGCGAAUACUGUUAUGGCUCAUCUUAGAUUGCACUUUUAGCGUUAAGAGUGCUUUUGUUCUUGUUCGCAAACGAUGGACAUUAAUUUCCAGACACCGAUGUAAGGAAAUAAAUGGAAGUUUCAUGUAAGUAAAGGCCCCCAUUACUGAUAACAGAGCGAAAUAUUCAGUGCUGAAUAAAUAUUUUCACCCUCAA